AGAGAUCAGAAGUGAAGGUUGGAGUCUCAGCUAUAGAGGAGGACGUUUGUGCUGAUGAAGAUGGAGAUCUGCCUGUUCAUCCUCCCUCUCGCAUUCUUGGUCACCACAGCCAGCAGUGACGAUGUCAGGCUGGUGGAUGGUGGCAGCCGCUGUGCUGGGAGAGUGGAGGUUCUUCAGGAAGGACAGUGGGGCACCGUAUGUGGGAGUAGAUGGGAUAUAGAUGAUGCUGCAGUGGUGUGUAGACAGAUGCUCUGUGGAGUUGCUGUAGCAGCACCACAAUACGGUCACUUUGGAGAAGGAACAGGGAGGAUCUUGAUGGGUGGUGUGGCCUGUGGAGGGUCAGAAUCGACACUGAAGAACUGUGCACAAGAUGAGCAGAUUAUCAUUCACUGUAGCCAUGUUCUUGAUGCUGGAGUUAUCUGUGCAGGUAGGAACCAUACGCUGGUGCAAGGUCCACAUCAGUGCUCUGGGAGAGUAGAGGUGCAGCAGGGAGUAACCUGGGGCACCGUGUGUGAUGCUGACUUUGACCUACAUGAUGCAGAGGUUGUGUGUCAGCAGCUGGACUGCGGCAUCGCUGUGGAGGUUUUGGGGGGCGCUGCUUUUGGAAAGGGGGACAGCAGCCAGGUGUGGAGAGAGGAGAUUCAAUGUGUAGGGAAUGAAUCUCAGUUUUACUUGUGCCCAAAAUCACUCUCAAAGACACAGAACUGUUCCCAUGGUAAUGAUGUGGGACUGGUGUGUUCAGGGUACACAGACUCCAGGCUGUUAGGUGGCCCUGAUUCCUGCUCUGGGACAGUGGAACUGCAGUACCUCAGUGAGUGGGGGACAGUGUGUGAUGCAUUCUGGGAUAUGAGAGCAGCCAGUGUCCUCUGUCGGCAGCUGCAGUGUGGGAGCGCUUUGGCAGUGCCAGGACAGGCCUGGUUUGGAGAGGGGAGGGGCCACAUCUGGGCUGAUGUUUUUGAGUGCCAGGGGAAUGAGACACACCUAUCCCAAUGUGCUGUGUCCUCAUGGAGUCGAGCUGCAUGCUCUCAUGGACGGGAUGCGGGACUCCUCUGUGAUGGGUCUAAACCUCUCUCAGCUCUCAAUGGGACAGUGCGACUGUCAGGAGAGAGUGACUGUGAGGGUCACCUGGAGGUUUACUACCAGCUGGCCUGGAGCAGAGUUCUCAUGGACUCCUGGAGCUUCAAGGAGGCCUCUGUGGUCUGCAGGCAGCUGGGCUGUGGCUCCGCAGUGAAGCUGUACAGUUCCUCCCUGUCUGGGACCCCGGGAAAUGAUGUGUGUCUGACAGGGUACCAGUGCUCAGGGAAUGAGUCUCACCUAGUGAACUGCAGUGAUCCACACAGACUUAAUUGCAGCUCUAGUCCUCAAGCGUUCAUUGUGUGUUCCAGUGAGUACAUCAUAUCCAUCCGGCUGGUGGGUGACGCUGGGGGCUGUGCAGGGAGGCUGGAGGUGCUCCACCAGGGCUCCUGGGGGACAGUGUGUGGAGACUCCUGGGACCUGAAGGAUGCUCAGGUGGUGUGCAGACAGCUCCAGUGUGGGACGGCUCUCAGUGACCCAGUGCCCACCUUCUUUGGACCAGGAACUGGACCCAUCUGGCUGGAUGAGGUGGACUGUGAGGGGAAUGAGACGUCUCUGUGGGACUGUCCUUCAGCACCAUGGGGACAGAAUGAUUGUUUGCAUAAAGAGGAUGUAGGCAUUGUGUGUUCAGAACAUAAAGAAAUCAGGCUGGCUGAUGGCUGCUCUGGGCAGUUGGAGGUUUUCUACAACGGCACCUGGGGAAAUGUGUGCUUCAAUCAAAUGGACACAUACACAGCCAGUCUGAUAUGUCAAAAUCUCAACUGUGGAAAGAGUGGGACUGUUUCUAACACAAGGUCUCGGCUGAAAGGAGCUCUUGACUGGCUUGAUAACCUGCAAUGUCGGCCACAUGACUCCACACUGUGGCAGUGCCCAUCCUCUAACUGGGGAGAGAGUGACUGUGAUGAUGAUGCAGUGGUUCAGAUCACCUGUGAAGGAAACAAGGCAUUGAGGGGAAAAGCAACCCAGUCAUCUCAGUUUGAUUAUUUCAGUAGUGCUAACAAUGCUAUCGAUGGAAACAAUGAUGCAAACUUUGUCACUGGAUCCUGCACACACACUAAAUGGGAAUCUGAACCCUGGUGGCGAUUGGACCUACAGGAAAUACACAAUGUGACUGAGGUGACUGUCACCAACAGACAGGACUGCUGUUCAGAGAGGAUCAAUGGAGCUGAGAUACGCAUUGGAAACUCCCUACAAGACAACGGCAACAGGAACCCAAGGUGUGCGGUGAUUGACUUCAUCCCUGCAGGAAAAUCCCGAACGUUCCACUGCCAGGGAAUGCUGGGACGCUACCUCAAUGUGCUCCUCCCAGCCUCUAACAGCCUGACUCUGUGUGAAGUUGAAGUGCAUAUAAGUCGUCUUGUUGAAGAUAACGUGGCUUUGAAGGGAAGGGCUUCUCAGUCAUCCCAAUAUGACAGGUUAGGAGAUGCUGGCAAAGCUAUUGACGGAGGCAGCAGUGCAGACUAUGGUGAUGGAUCCUGCACACAGACAAGGCUCGAGUCCAAACCCUGGUGGAGGCUGGAUCUGCAGGAAACACACACAGUGAGUGAAGUGAUCAUCACCAACAGAGGGGACUGCUGUUCAGGGUGGAUCAGCGGAGCUGAGAUUCGCAUUGGAAACUCACUGGAAGACAACGGCAACCAGAACCCACGAUGUGCUGUGAUCACCUUCAUUCCAGAAGGUCAGCCACGCACUUUUCUCUGCUAUGGGAUGCUGGGACGCUACAUCAACAUACUCCUCCCCACCAAUGGCAUCCUGACUCUGUGUGAAGUUGAAGUGUAUGCAAGCCGUCCUGCUGGCCAAAUGCCCCUGAGACUGCAGGGAAACAACUCUGAGUGUUCAGGAAGGGUGGAGCUGUGGUACAGGGGAUUCUGGAGAUCAGUCUGCGAUGAUUCCUGGGACCUGAGAGACGCCCAGGUGGUCUGCAGACAGAUGGGCUGUGGGACAGCACUGGAGGCUCAUGGGAACUCUACCUUUGGGGAAGGCACCAUUUGGCUGAAUGAGGUGAACUGCACGGGUGAUGAGCUCCACCUGUGGGACUGUCCUUACAGUCUCCAGAGCCAGAGGAGCUGCACUCACAAGACGAAUGCUGGUGUUACCUGUACAGCUGCACCUGCUACUGAUGCACCUUUGUUACAACUGGAGGAGACAACUACAAGCACCACAGUCAGAAGGCCUCCCCUGUCAAGCCAGUCUGUACCCCCUGUGGUUCUGCUAAUCCUGGGCCCUCUUCUCUUGCUCCUGCUGGUAUUACUGGCUGUCCAGAUGAACCAGAACAAAGAGCUCAAGAGAGCUCUGUACCAGGUGGGGCCCUCUCUUACACAUGAUGCAAUUUAUGAGGAGAUCUAUAAAGGAAGUGUCCACUCUGAGGAGCAGCCUUUUGGGUAUGAAGAUGUGGAGGAUAGUGAAGAAGACCUUCUUUCAGGUAGGGGCUGA